AUGUCCACCACACACAUUAAACUUUCAGAAUUAAAAGAACAAGCAAAAGUACUAAAUGAGCCGAAUGAGUACAAAUUAAAAGUUUGGGUAAAAGCAACGGAAAAGUUGAUUGAAGAGGCAUCAUCGAGCCUAAAUAACCACGAAGUUAUAUAUAAAAAUGGGAUAAAAAUUGGCUCACAUAAAGACUUCAAGGAAUUAAUCGAAAAUGCAAAUGAUCCGGUGCUAUAUAAAACAUAUCAUGAAUUAAAAAAGAAACUUCCUAAUAUCAUGACAGAGACGGAAAGAACUUCACUUCUAAUACAAAAAAAUCAAGAUCAAUUGGAUAAAGAUGAGAGUGAACAUAGCAUUAAUAAAAUGCCAGAACCUUUUACUUCAUUCAACUCAUCAAAUUCUAAUCUAAAUUCCAAUCAAGUUUUUGAUUCUUCUCCAGUGUAUAUUGUUGGAAACAAAAUGAUUGGAAAUUUAACGUCAUCAACACAAUCUCCUAACGCAAUCACCAUGACACCUGUGGAUGCCUACAAAAAUAAAAUCGAAAAGACUAAAGCUGACUUGAAAAACGAUGACUCAUUUUGCAACAAUAACAACAUUAAUAUUAACAAUGAAGGAAAUUUUGAUACAUAUGUAAAAGAAUCUUCGAGAAACUCCAUAUUAUACAAGUUUUCUAUAACACCCAAUUCUGAAACUAUAAAUGCUUCAGAAUUGAAUGAGCUUUUAACAGAACCUGACACUGCACAAAAAAUCUUAUUGUUUGAUGUUAGGCAUAGGGAGGAUUUUGAUCAAAGUCAUAUAAAAACAAAAAAUAUUGUAUGUUUAGAUCCUCUCAUCAUAAAAGAUGGAGUUUCAUCGCUAGACAUGGAAUCAAAAUUAAUAAUUUCUCCAAAAAAUGAACAGGAUCUUUUUAAAAAUCGUAACCUUUUUGAAUUAGUUAUUUUAUAUGAUCAAGAUUCUGUAUCCAAAACUCCAAAAUUGGCUCAAACCAAUACCCUAAACAAUCUAAUUAACAUAAUCUACGAAAAUGAAUACAUGAAAAAAUUGAAACGUUCUCCAUUACUACUAAACGGUGGCUUUGCUUCCUGGAAACGUUUAUAUAGUGAGACGGGCACCGAGUCUACUAGCAGUGAAGAUGGAAAUAUAGGUAAUCAGGUUGACGAAUACGGAUAUGAUUUAGGUCCUAUCAAUAAUCUUUCUACUACAAGAGCCAGAACAAAUAACCAUGAUAAAUCUAAAAGAAACGCAAUUAUCAUCCCAAAUGAUAGUUUACCUUUAUUAGAUACUCUUAGUCGUCAAAGCACGUUACAUAACGAACAAUCAUACGCAAGAAAUAUAACUGAUUACUUUCAACAUCCCAGAGUUAUUUAUAAACAAUCAAUGACUGGAACCGGACAUGAUCAAAUAGCUUACAAUUCGAACUAUUUAGAUUAUUCACAAACCAAUUCAACAAAAAUGCCAUCUCCCAAUUUACAGUAUCAAUCACCUGAAAGCUUACCAAGAAAUCCACAGAAAGAGCUCUCAGAUACUCAACGUGCUACUGAUUUGAAAAGACGUAAAACCAUUUUUGACCAUCCUUAUAAUGGUUUUACUAAUGUUCAAAACUCGGAUUAUUUACCAACACGUUCACAAAAAAAACAAAAUACUGCUGUAAACACUACAAUGUCACCACCACCUUUGCCAAAUAAAGUAUUACUACAGGUGGGAGUGCCGAAUGAACAACCAAUGGAAAUACUUAACAGACCAUCUUCAGGUCUUGGUCAUUAUCACCAGCGAUUUCCUACAUCCGAGAGUUCUUUUUCACAGCUGAGUUCAGGAAUUGGAAUUGCUGGAUUAAAAAAUCUUGGCAAUACUUGUUUUAUGAAUUCGAUCAUACAAUGUUUGAGCGGCACUAUUCCAUUUGCUCGCUACUUUUUAAACGGAAGCUACAAAAAUCAUAUUAAUAAAGUUAACCCUUUAGGCACAAAAGGUGCUUUAGCUAUAGCAUUUGCAAACUUGAUCAAAGUGGUAUGGAGCGGACAAUAUCCGGUUGUUUCUCCUGUAACAUUUAAACAAGCUAUUGGUGAUUUUGCACCUCAAUUUUCAGGAACUGAUCAACAAGAUUCACAAGAAUUUCUUGCAUAUUUAUUAGAUGGGCUGCAUGAGGAUUUGAAUAUUGUGAAAGUUAAACCCAUUAUUAAAGAAUUAACAGAGAAAGAAGAAGAAAUCAUGGAAGGUCUUCCGAUUCAAAUUGCAUCAGUGUUUGAAUGGGAUAGAUACAUGAUGCGCAAUUCAUCUAUCGUGGUUAGUUUAUUCCAAGGACAAUUUAGAAAUCAACUGAAAUGUUUAUCCUGUGGUAAAACAUCCACAACCUACAAUACAUUUAUGUAUUUAUCAUUGCCAAUUCCUAAAUCAAAAUCAGGCAACAAAAAUGUUAAUUUAUUAGAAUGUUUAGAUGCUUUUAUUAAAGAGGAGGUUUUGGAGGGAGAAGAUGCAUGGAAGUGUCCUAGAUGUAAAAUACAUCAACGUGCAACAAAACGUCUUUCAAUUUCAAGAUUGCCCGAUGUUCUUUUAAUUCAUCUCAAGAGAUUUUCGUUUAAAGGGCCAUUUAGAGAUAAAAUGGAAACCUUGAUCGAUUUUCCAUUAAAAAAUUUGGAUUUAACAAGAUAUGUUCCUUCCCCAUUACCACAAUCCGUUAACAAUUCUGGUAAAAAGGUGUUGUUGAAUUCCACUGACUCGGAUGCAUUGAUUGAUUCUUUACAACAAGUUGGACCUUUUGUAUACAAUUUAUAUGCAGUAUCAAAUCAUUAUGGUGGAUUGAACGGUGGACAUUAUACAGCAUGUGUACGAAAUAGUUUUAAAAAUGAAUGGCACAACUUUGAUGAUAGUCGUGUGUCAGUUUGUAAAGAAGAAUCUUCUCGUGCUGCGUACAAUUUAUUCUAUGUUAGAAAUUCUUUAUAA